AACAAUUACACGAUCGGUGGUUUGAAUGUGAGAAAUCUGUGCAAAGCAGUGAAUGAAGCGCCCGCUAAUGAUUCUCUCAAACAGAUGAGAGCGGUCAUGAACUUUCUGAAUAAAUUUUAUCCUCACACGGGUGAAUGCGAGAAGGAUACAACGAAGUGCACAUUCGCAAACAGUUACGAAGAGAUGAUCAAGUUGCUCGCAAAUGUGACAUAUGAUAAAAGUACUGACAAUGCCGCGGAUCGUGGAUGGAUGUGGUUGUGCUGCAAUGAAAUUGGAUUUCUGCAAACAACUGACGAAGGCAGGAAUGUAUUCGGUGAAAUGGUUCCAUUGAACUACUAUAUCGAUAUGUGCACUGAUAUGUUCGGGCCGACUGUUAAUGUGAAAACGAUAACGAAACGGAAUGCAGCCGCACAAAAAUAUUACGGAGGUGCUCAGAACUACAAGGCAACCAACGUCAUCCUUCCCAAUGGUUCGCUAGAUCCUUGGCACGCACUUGGAACAUAUGUAGAGGAUAAAAAAAAUCAUCAGAUACCACUUCUGAUUCAGGGUGAGAUCAUUUCGGAUAUUUCAAAGUCGUUAGUACGGAAAAUUGAAGCCUAA